CGAGCUUCUGUCCGUCUGCGAAGGAUCUUCUCCCCUCGACUACCGCACACAACUAUGGCGCGCAAAGCAAUACAAAAAGACCAAAUUGUCAAACUGAUUGUGGGUGCGGGCCAGGCUUCGCCAUCGCCGCCCGUGGGUCCCGCUCUUGGGAGUAAGGGUGUUAAGAGUAUGGAUUUCUGUAAGGAAUUUAACGCCCGCACCGCGCACUACACUCCAGGCACCCCCAUCCCCGCCCGCAUAACUGUCCGGCCUGAUCGCUCCUUCACCUUCUCCCUGCGCACACCCCCAACUGCCACCCUCCUCCUCUCCGCUGCCGGCGUGCUCCCCACCAAGAAUAAAAUCCGCGGCGCGGGCAAUGUCCCAGGACCUAUGAACAACACAGACGGGGCGAAGGGGAAAACUAGCCAGGGGAGUCCGACGGCAGGGAAUGCGGUGAAGGGGACGGUCGGGACGGUGAGUUUGAAACAUGUAUAUGAGAUUGCGAAGAUUAAGCAUCAGGAGACAAGGUUGAGUGGGCUGGAGUUGAAAGGGUUGGCGAAGAGUGUGGUGAGUCAGGCGGCGAGUAUUGGGGUUGUGGUUGUGCCGUGAUGAGUUGGGGAAUAACGAGAGCGGUUCAGAGAAAGGAAGGAAGGAAUGGGCGUGGAUAAGUACGAGUGAUGUAUUGGCCGUGCGAGAUCCCAACGCAUCAAACACAAUUGGCUUGCAUGGAUUGGAGUUUAUCAAAUGGAAUGAAUACUGAAAAAAGGGCCAAAGGCAUUCAGGUUCUAGUCCGUAGACUUUCUGUAUAAAGUUCUGUAUGGUACAUAUAUGUUUGAAAUGAUACACCCGAUCAAACGUCAAGAAGAAGAGAGUACAAUACCUUGAAUUAUAUUGGCUUGAGAUACUU